AUGGCGGCGGCGGCGGGGGACGCGCGGCCGGGCUCCGCGGGUGCGGGCGGCGGCGGCGGCCCGGGCGGCGGCUGGGCGGCGGCGCUGGCGGCGGGCGCGGGCGAGACGCUGCUGAGCGCGGCGCUGCUGGCGCUGCUGCUGCUCGGCGCCUUCCGGCUGUGGCGGCGCUGGCGGCGCCGGGCGGGGGGCGCGGGCGCGGCGGAGGCCCAGCCCAGCCCCGCCGCGCUGCCCCGCAUGAAGCGGCGCGACUUCAGCCUGGAGCAGCUGCGCCAGUUCGACGGCGCGCGCCAGCCGCGCAUCCUGCUGGCCGUCAAUGGGCGCGUCUUCGACGUGAGCAAGGGCAGCAAGUUCUACGGCCCGGCUGGCCCCUAUGGGAUAUUUGCCGGCAGGGAUGCUUCCCGGGGCCUGGCCACCUUCUGCCUGGACAAGGACGCACUCAGAGAGGAGUAUGACGAUCUCUCGGACCUGAACGCGGUGCAGAUGGAGAGUGUGCGCGAGUGGGAGAUGCAGUUCAGAGAAAAGUACGAUUAUGUGGGCAGACUGCUAAAGCCGGGGGAAGAACCGUCAGAGUACACAGACGAGGAGGACACCAAGGAUCACACUAAACAGGAUUGAACUUGUAAACAACCAAAGCCGGGGCCUUCAGAACUGCGACUCUUGCUCCUCACGGGACGGCCCGCAUCUGUGGCCUGGCUCCGCUGCUGCAGAGAACCCUCGACAGACUGUGCCCAGCGCGCCCGUGGCCGCCCGCUCCUGCGCCGUGUGCGGCUGCCGGCUGCGGCGCUCAGGAGUGGUGGGCGAGCAAGAAAGCAUGAGGUUCCUUCCUUCCUUUUUUUUAAUCAAAGACAACCAGAUACGUAUUUGCUACUCAAGCGUGCAAGGCCCUGUGGCGCGCCUGGCCCGGUGUCCUGGGGUCGGGGGGCCGUCUGGGCGGGCAGUGGGUCAGAGCCAGACGGUGGGCGCUCCCUCUUUUCCUUCCGGGCUCGUCAGGGAAAACACAACCUUUCUUUCCAAGGAGCCCUUCGGGCUGAGAGCAGGUUCCGGGUGACUGAGUCCAAGCUACCCCCCGUAAGACGCGCUAACGUAGUGCCCUCCUCUCCCUCAGCAGACCGAUACUCAUUGUGCCUUAUUCCGCGUACUUAGACUUGAAUUACUUUAGGGAAAGCCCCUCUGUGAAUUCGGAAGUCACUACAAGCAGCCCUGAGGAGGGUGUCCUGGCUGCAGCAUCUCCGUGUCAGCCUGUCUCUAGAACGUCAAAGGAGUAUUCAGUGUUACCUGCCACGUAUGUCCGUGUACACGAACCUAACUCGCGUUGGAAGGCCAAAUGCAUCCCCCAUGCUUUUCUCUUUUCAGAAAAACCGAGAAACCAACCAACAAUCCAUCCCCGACGGCUGCCUGACUUAGGGUGUGGCGUGGGUGGCGUGUGGCUGUGUGUGAGCGUGUGUGCGCCUGGGGAGGCCUGCGGGUACUGUACAUACCAGGACCGUCUGAAUAAAGCAUGCACGUAGCCCAGA